UCGAAAAUUGAUUGUUUUCAAACUUUGUUAACUUUUGAAACGUUUUUUUAUAAACCGUUUAAGUAAUUAUGUUAAUUCAAAUUUUAUUUGGAGAAUUUCAAUAAUCGUGUUAAUAAAAAUUUCAUCUAGCAUGCAACAACGCAUGCUAGAAAAAUGAUAUAAUGCGAAAUUGAAGUGUCGGCUUAAUAACUGUAUCCUAUAGAAAAUUUUACGGAAUCGCGUUAGUAAAAAAAAAGAAAAACUCAACAAAGCAACCCUUAAACAUUCAAAAUUAAAGCCUAUUUUAAUAAUUACAUACUAAGUUCAUGGCAAAAAAACAUUCUUCUUCAAAAGAAAAGAAAUUAGUCCACGACUAUAACCAAACAGACAGAUUGAGCAAUUCCCAAGUACAACCGGGUGAAUAUGGUCAAAUGGUCCUAAGCAUUAGCAAAGAAUACAAUUUGUCUCCAAUGGAUGUUCCUGAGGAAGCAACUGUUUUCGAAAAAAAAAAAAAAAGAGGUGAAAAGCAACCUCAAUAAAAUAUGACAAAAAAAAUUGAUGAAUGGUUUAAAUCUUACCUAAACAUACAAUUUUGAUUGAUAGAAACAAUAAUUUCAAACAAAUAUAAUAUUCAUUUUAUUAUUAUUUACAUUUAAUAUUUUUGGAAUAUAUGUGAAAAUGUUUUUUUUAGCUGGAACCGUUCAGUUUUGUUCGUACUAUAAAAAAAACAAUCGUGUGAACUAUUGUUUUGACAAAAAGCUUCAUUUAAAAAAAAAAUUAACAAUUGUAAGAAAUUUUUUCUUGUCGUAGUAACUCUAUUAAAAGUAUGACCAACAUUAGCCGUACUAUAUAUGUUUCUCAAAAAAAAAGAAUACACCGUAAAAGGCGUUUUAAACAAUGUGAGGAGUGUCAUAUGUUAUGAAACAGAAUUAGUCAUAUUCAAAGAGGCUGGUUUUCCAUUUUUUCAACAUUGUGUAACUCAUUAAGGAGAUUAUUCAGUCCUAUGAACUCAAUGUCCUGAGUGAAUUUAUACAUGUCGCAUCCAAGAGUAAAAUUUAGUGUUUCGUUUGUUGCGCUUGAAAAAUACUUCUCGUUAUCUUUACAAAGCCUAGUCCAUAAACUUUCAAUUGAUUCAUUUUCAAAAGUAAAGUCAGAAGUGUUUUUAUUUAAAACUAUAAGAGGACUGUCUUUAAGGAUAUUAAAAACGGCUGGAUUUUCUGUAAAGGGUUUCAACUUAUAAUCACAUUGAUGAAGGUGACGGUACUCGUCUAACAACUUGAUACUUUUAUAUGCCGUUUCCGUAUCGACAUCACGGAGAUUAAAUCGACCUGUACGUACAUACGAUCGUAGUAACCGUGAAAGCUUUCUUAUCCAAUCAUCACGAUCUGUUUCACAUUGACGAAGCAGUUUUGAUAAAACACAAGAGCAAUCUUUCAAUAAUUUUGGAGAUAUGUACACAAAAGAAAUCAGGAUCCGUACUUUAAUGGGUGUUGAGCAUCGGUGAAAGCGUGGAAAAAUAUAAUUAAUCAAAUCAACCGUAAGCAUUUUGGCUCCUGCAUAACUAUUCCAGUUAUCUGCUAAAAGUUUUAAAAAUGUGAUAUACUGUUCGCUCAAGUCUGCUUUAACAUUUUUCUCACUUUGAAAUUCAUCAAUCGUGCGCAUAUACAAUAAAAUGAAUUUUUAAUUCAAUAAAUUAAUCGUACAUUGUUGUGCCUAAUCAAUGAAAUUCUGAUCAGUUUUUCAAAAUAUGGUAUUCUCAAUUUCAACCUACGUAAAUGUAACAGUUAAAACGUUUGUCGAGUCAGUUUCUUUAUAGAAACUUAUGAAUUUUUUGACGAGGACUUGCUUACUUUUUUCGCGAGAGGAGAGUAUGAGUUACGGCUAUUUUUAAGAUUCAAGUAGCACCAACAGAAAAAAAAUUAAAAAAACAUAGCCAUUAACUAAUAUGCCUUCACCCGGGAUCGAACCAGGGACUUUCAGAUCUUCAGUCUGACGCUCUCCCAACUGAGCUAUAAAGGCUCUACACGAUAGCAAGUAGACGAAUGUGUAAGCUGGACUGUGACAUUGAUAACUUUUGUCUUUGUUUUGUAUUUAAAUAGUGUACUGGAUGAUCUCUGUGUUUCGUGUAUAAUAAAGAAAAACCAAUAAUAAAUUUACAUUUUUUGGACAAUUCAAUAAAUAAUGUUGUCCAACAUAGCCGUUAAUUUGUUCUACGUUUAAAAAAAAUAUAUAGAAAUAAUUAGUGCAUUAUCUUUAUGACACAGUUAUUUUCGUAAUAAGUAAUAAACUUAAUGUUUCUGGAAAGCUUGUUCCGUGAUCAACAAAAUAAUGUAAUGUAACAACCUUUUAGUAUCAACUGUUUCUUUUUUAAAUUAAUUAUGUGCUGAAAUUUAGAACGCAAGAAAAAAAAAACAUUUAGAAUUCAUUUUAAAAAUAUCGAAAAAUUAAAAUUACAAUGUAUAGAAGAAAAUCUGCAGUAUAUGUUGCUGUUUUUAAUUUAAGUAAAGGCUUUAUCUACUGGCAGACCAGCAUUUGCAUUAAAUGGCGCACCCUUGUCCAACUGUAUAGUCUCCACCACGAAGUUAUCAAAGCGAUGUAUUAUUGAAAAAUUUAGUGUAUAACAAUAUUUUCAAGCUUAAAAUGGCCGACUUUGAAAGAUUAGGAGUAUGCCCAGAUCUUAUCGUAGCCAUUCAAAGUUACGGUUGGAAUAUUCCUACUGCAGUUCAGGAUGAAACGAUACCGUUGAUUUUAGGGGGAGGGGACGUUUGCGUUGCAGCUGAAACAGGUAGUGGAAAAACUGGAGCCUUCGCGAUAUCCUGUGCUCAAUUGGUUCACGAAUCAUCGGCAUACGAUAAAAAGAAAAAUGAACGUGACAAAGACAUAAAUGUCACUAUUGAAAAUGACGGUUACAUUCUUUCUUCAACUGAAGAAGAGUGGAAUGGUGUUAAAUUUAAUUGUACACCGUUAAACAAUAUCCGCAUGUACGAGGUUAGUAUAUUAUCGACAGGAUUAGUACGUGUAGGAUGGGCAACUAGAUUAAGCCGUUUUGAUAUUGGUCAAGAUAAUCAAAGUUUCGGUUACGGAGGCUCAGGAAAGAAGUCACAUUGUGGAAAUUUCACGUACUAUGGAAAUUCUUUUACUAAAGAUGACAUCAUUGGAUGUAUAAUUGAAGGCGAAAAAAAUACCAUUUCUUUUACAAAAAAUGGUCAUCAUUUAGGAGUUGCCUUUGAGAUACCAUCGCAUCUUGAAGUAAAUUCUUUGUUUCCAGCUGUUUGUGGAAAAAAUUUUAAAGCUUUUGUACGCCUCCAUUCACCGUUUAUACAUCCAAUUCAAAAUAUAUCAGAUAUCUCUCCCUCUUCUAUAGACUGCAUUCAAAUCGUCAAAGAUACAAUACAUAAAAGACCUUCUAAAGACAAAACUUUUUGUAUGAUUUUGUCACCAACAAGAGAGCUUGCAGAUCAAACUUACAAUGUAAUGAAAUCUUUUGUGAAUGUACUGAAAAACCCCCCAAUUUCAUGUGCAUUACUUAUUGGCGGAUCAGGAAAUCAGCGUAUAAGUGAAAGCUUGAAACAAAAUGGCACGAAUAUUGUAGUCGGAUGCCUCGGAAAAAUAUCUUACGCCAUCCAAGCACAUGUCAUUAGUGCUUCUUUCCUCCAAUACCUUGUUUUGGACGAAGCUGAUGAAUUGAUAUUGCAAAACACGACCAAGCCUAUUUUAGAAAUAAAAAAUGCGUCGAAAAUGCCACGCGUUCAAACGCUUUUUUUUUCUGCAUCCCUGGGAUUGCCUAAUGUCCGCCAUUCAAUUGAUGUUCUUACAACAAACAGCACAUGGGUUAAUUUGAAAGAGGAAUUGGGAAUACCCGAAACUGUGCAUGUCGUCCAAUACAUUAUUGAUCCACAUUUGAAAACUUUACCUUGUUCGUCUUAUAUCGUCUCUCCUCAUAUUGCCCCGCCAACAGACAAUAUUCACUCAUAUCAUGAUGCUUCUAUACAACUUUCAAAAGAGGAAAUCGCAUCUCAAACUAUUAAAUUAAGGAAACCGCAAAUAGCCGUAGCAAUAGCAAACGCUUUACAAAUGGAUAAUUGCUUAAUAUUUUGCCGUACUAAUCUUGAUUGUGAUAAUUUUGAGCAUUAUUUAAUUACUUUAGCAAAAGAACGAGGCGUCUUCACAAAAUAUAGUGAGACAGGAGUACAAAAUCCCUAUAGCUGUGUAGUAUUAUCGGGUAGCAGACAUCAAUCAGUUCGUGAAAAAAAUCUCAAGGCGUUCAAAAAGGGUGAAGCACGGUUUCUGAUAUGUACUGAUGUAGCCGCAAGAGGUCUUGAUAUAGAUUCUUUACCAUUUACAAUUAUGUUAAAUACACCAGACAAUCCUUCAUUAUUCAUUCACAGAUUGGGAAGAGUUGGUCGAUUUGACAAGAUGGGUUUUGCCGUUGUUCUAGUUUCUAAUACGAAGGAAAAAGUGUGGUAUCAUACCUGUGCUAACAGAGGAAUUCGAUGUGAAAAUAGAGAUCUGGUUGCCAAUAAUGGAUGCUGUGUAUGGUACGAAGAAACCCACUAUCUUAAAUUAGUGGAAGGUUUUAUUGGGCAAAAAAUACCCUGUAUGGAUACUUCCACGUUUUCAGUUGACGGAAUAUUAGAGUUUUAUGACACUAGAAACCUAACGGUUGUUGAAUCCGAACAAGAGGAAUGGUUGUCAACAAAACAUGAAGAAGAUUUAAGUAAAUUGCAACUAAAAAGAAAAACUUCUGUUUCAAUUACUCAGCCUGAAACCUUUAAAUUAAAAGCUCAUAUUUACGGGAAAACAAAGGCAGAAAGCAUUAACAACUAUGCUGAAGCGCAGGCUAGGGAACUGGAACCCGUUUUAAAAGUAUUGCAGGAUUUUGAAAAAUGUGUUCAAAAAUUGUUUGUUCAAAAUACGCUAAAUUUGUAGGGGUUGAAUCUGUUUAUAAACUAGGUAAAAUUUAUUCAACAUUGCAAAUUAUCAAAAC